AUGCCGUACUCAUCAAAUGUUAAGUUACCACGGUUUAUGAUGCAUUUUUCAUAUGCUGGUCAAGCUUAUGCCGGUGUUCAAGGUAAUCCUAGUGCUAAAAUUGACUGUGUACAAAAUGCUAUCGAACGUGCAUUAUUUCAUUUUCAAUCAACAAAAUAUCCACUUCGUUUUGGUGUGUCAUCUCGUACUGAUCGUGGUGUUCAUGCAUUACAUAAUACAGCAACAUUUGACUGGAUAUCACCUACUGAUAUAACUACACUUGUUCAACCAUUAAAUAUAUAUUUAACAGAAAAAAAAGAACAAAUACGUAUUUUACGUAUUCAUUAUAUAUCACCAAAUUUUCAUUUUCGUCGUCAUUGUUAUGGUCGUAAAUAUGUUUAUCGAUUAGGUUUUCUUAAUGAAUCGGAAUUUACAAAUAUUAAUAAUGAUAUUUCAUUUUUAAAGAAAAAACAUCGAUAUAUUCUUCGUGAUAUAACACCAGCUACUUAUAAUCUUUUUGAAAAAGAUCAUAUUACUUAUGUUGAACCACCAUAUGAUCUAGAUGCAUUUCGAAAAGGAAUUGAAGUUUUUCAAGGUCAACAUAAUUUUUCUGCUUUCACAACUACUCAAGGUCGUUUAAGUAUGAUACUUGAACGUCGUUGUCCAGUAAAAACAAUGCGUCUUAGUUUAAGUGAAGGUGAACGUUUAGUACCAUUGUUAGAAUCAUCACCACUUCAUUCUUCAAUGAAAGUUUAUAAUCUCGUUUUUGAAGCUGAAUCAUUUCUUUAUAAAUUAAUUCGACGAAUUACAGCUACUUUAGUACAUAUUGCUAAAGGACAAAUGACAAUUCAAGAUGUUCUUAAUCGAUUUGAUUGUCCACCGGAUUAUUAUGAUAGUCAAUUACCUACGACACUUAAACCAAAUGGUCUAUUCUUAUCUGAAGUUAAAUAUAAUGAACAAGAUUUUUUGAAUCCACCAUUAUUCAAACGCGAUGAUCCUGCGGUAGAUGAUCUCGAUAUUGUUACAAUGGGAAUGCAAGAAGAAGAGGAUGAUGAUGAUAUUAAUGAUCAACAGUUAAAUAGUAAAAUGAUGGUUUCUAGAUAA